GGCAUGUUUUAAAGAUUUGACUUUCUGGUCAAUAUUCUAAAAUUGGAAGCCAUUAUAUUAAAGUCAGGAUUUCUAGGAAAAUGUGGCACAUCUUCCAAAUGCUUGGCACAUCCAGCAAUCGGGCCUGCACUCCCAAGUGUCAAGGCUUGGCUGGAGCUACAAGAUGCCGGCCCCCAGUGGCUGGGUCCUGUGUUCCCCUCUCCUCCACAGUCCCCACCACUCCCUAUUGCCCCACACCAGCACCCUUCAUGCAUUUAUGCUAUCUGCCUGGCGCCUAUAGGCAUUUGGAUUUCAAAGCUUUGGUCCGGUGGGGAAGAGGCAUUGGAAUGGAAUGUCCGUUUAGGUGAUCUGUGUAAAGCUGGUGCCUCGUCCCUAAUUUACAGGUGAAGGAACUAAGAUUUAGGGAAGUUAAGUCAACUGCUCAAGGUCACAACAGCUAGGCUGGAUUAGAACCCAAGUCCCUUGCCUCCAGGGCGUAUACCCACACCCCUGGUAACAGGUAUAAAAACACUUUGAACUGUGUCAGAUACUGGUGAUUACCGCCUCUGUCCUGACUGACCGUGCUGGACAGGAAAGCCCAGUGCUGAUUCUUGGUCCUGUCCAAGGCAGGGACUGCACCAGCGAUCAGAGUUCCUCGUGAGAAACAGCUCAACGGCAGGGGCAAGAACAUUGUGGCACUGGGGACCCGGGGGGGAAGUGGUGACAGGGACGGAAGACCAGACCUCCCCACGCUCACUCGUCCGUGAGACAGAACAAAAGCAAGAGAAGGCUGGCUCGGGGACAGCAGUUCAGCUGGGACACACAAUCGCCCGGACUCCCCAAGGCCCGGCAGGGUCAGAGCUCAGCCACAGACAACCCAGGGUCUUCUUGGCAAGCUCAGCAGAAGCAGAGGGCCCUAUCCCAUGGAGAGAUGCUGGGUGACGGAGGCAGCCAAUGGCUCCACGGAUGGCUUGGAUUUCAACCCCAUGAAGGAUUACAUGAUCCUGAGCAGUUCCCAAAAGAUAGCUAUUGCAGUGCUGUGCACCCCUCUGGGCCUGCUAAGCGCCCUGGAGAACCUGGCUGUGCUCUAUCUCAUCCUGGCCUCCCGCCGGCUCCACAGGAAGCCCUCAUACCUGUUCAUUGGCAGCUUGGCUGGGGCUGACUUCCUGGCCAGUGUGGUCUUUGCCUGCAACUUUGUAAAUUUCCACGUCUUCCAUGGCGUGGACUCCAAGGCUGUCUUCCUGCUGAAGAUCGGCAGCGUGACCAUGACCUUCACAGCCUCUGUGGGCAGCCUGCUGCUGACUGCCAUUGACCGCUACCUCUGUCUGCGCUACCCACCUACGUACAAAGCCCUACUCACCCGUGGGAGGGCCCUGGUGACCCUGGGCAUCAUGUGGGUCCUCUCAGCAUUGGUCUCCUACCUGCCCCUCAUGGGAUGGACUUGCUGUCCCAGUCCCUGCUCUGAGCUUUUCCCCCUGAUCCCCAAUGACUAUCUGCUGGGCUGGCUCCUGUUCAUUGCCAUCCUCUUCUCUGGCAUCAUCUACACCUAUGGGCAUGUCCUCUGGAAGGCCCAUCAGCAUGUAGCCAGAUUAGCUGAACACCAGGACCAAGACAGGCAGGUGCCAAGAAUAGCCCGGAUGAGGCUGGAUGUGAGGUUGGCCAAGACCCUGGGGGUGGUGCUGACUGUGCUCGUCAUAUGCUGGUUCCCAGCGCUGGCUCUCAUGGUCUACAGCCUGACCACAACUCUAAAUGACCAGGUCAAGAAGAUCUUCGCCUUCUGCUCCAUGCUCUGCCUUGUCAACUCCAUGGUCAACCCCAUCAUCUAUGCCCUGCGGAGUGGGGAGAUCCGCUCCUCCGCCCACCACCGCCUGGCCCGCUGGAAGAAGCGCCUGAGGGGCCUCGGGCUUGAAGGGAAAGAAGAGGCCCCGAAGUCCUCAGUCACUGAGACAGAGGUUGAUGUGAAAAUCACCCAGUGGCCAGAUUCCAGAGGUCUAUCCUGCUCUGACCGCGGAUGAGGCCUCUUGCACAGUUUUAAACAAGCCAAGUCACAAUCAUUUCACUCCCUGGAGAAGAGAGAGGGAUCUUGAACCUCUCAUCUUACUUGUCUUGCUUGAACCAGCCCCCGGAGCCUGGACACUUACCCCUUUUCGCUGAUGACUAUGGGCACUGACCCCUGGAGGGUAGCCUAGUCAUGCCUAUCUGCACACAGUCUGCUGGAGAGCCAGGCUUGGCGAGGAAUGGCAAGGAGGGCAGGAGGCAAAAGGCCUGGGACAGGCUCAGUGCAUGUCAGGUCAGGACAACCUUCCCAACAAGAUGCUUGGUGCCUGCAUCUUCCAGAGACCAUAGGAGCCAGACGGAGGCUUCAGGCUCAGACUUGAAGGACGAGGAGGAAAUCUGAGAAGACUGGAUUAUUCUCCUAGAAUAUCUCCAGGGUAUCACAUGGGAUGGACAGCCAGCCCCUGUUCCUGCUUAACUGUUGGGGCCUCCUUGGUUCUGGAGCUAUGAAAGGCCUCACCUUCAGGUCACCCUUUCCCACUGAGGACCAAGAGCUGUGACAUGAUGAGGACCAAGAGUGUUGAUUCGUCUCUCUCAGAGGUAACAGACAAGCCUCCAGUUCAGAGCAUCUUGUUAUUAGGGCAAUGGCCCUUCUUGGCACCCUGAUAAUCGCCACUCACAGCCACUGUGACCUCUUGGGUCCCUGGGGAAUCCAGAGGAGGCUGGGAUCACUUGAGACACAGAAUCUUCAGAGAGUUUUAUUGACCUUGUGAAGUCCUAUUUGGUGAUAGGAAGCAGGCAGCAUCCCAGUCUAACUCAACUCCAAGAAAAAGGAAGAUAUUCACAAAGAUUUUCCAAAUCCCCAAUUGUUCCCACUCACCCCUCAAUUCAGCCCCUUUGUCUCCUUCAUACCCCUAUAACGAAGAAUAAACAGCGCAACUGAGAGGAGGGGGAAAUUUCCUCACCACGUGCCAGGCACAGGGCUGACAUCCCACAGUCCAUUAUCUCCAGCAAGAAUACAGCCCCACGCUUUUGAAGAUUCCAGGACACCCAUAUUUCACUUGUCAGGGAGGCUAGGCUCCUACCAGAGGGACCUAAAACAGUAGGCAAGAGGAAACAUUGGUGGCAGGGGGAAUCGCAGAGGAGUUCUUCUGCAAUUAUUUGGGACCACAGACGGAAUAAAAGGAAAGAUCUUCAUUAAACAUGUCUUCAUUUAAUACUUACAAGACAAGGUGUCCACUAUUCAUUCACUCAUCCACCCAUCUUACAAAUACGCACCAGGCUCUGUGCUGGAUCCUGGAUGUUCAGCCAUAAAUGAGACUCGGCCCCUGUCUAAUGGGGCUUACGUUCUGCAUUCUGGUGGGAAGAGAGCCAAUAAAUAAAUAAAGAAGAUAAUUACUGGUAGCACAAUGAAGGAAAUUGUCAGGGUCAUGGGAUAGGGAUUAAUUGAGGCGAGUUUAGGUAGGGUAGACCUACUAUGUGUUUUGAUCAUAAAUGCCGGCUGGUUUUACUGAAUCUUUAUUAUGCACCAGGCACUGGGCUAAGUGCUUUUAAAUGAGGUAUUUCACUUAGUCUUCACAAUAAUCUGAUGAAGAGGGUUUGGUACCAUCAUUUUACAGAUGAGGAAACCUCUAAGUGACAAAACCACUUGCCUGAGGUCACACUGCUAAUAUGUACCCACAGCUGGGGUUUCCAACCCAGUUUCUGUUUGACCCCAAAGCCUGCCCUCUUUACCACCAAGCUCUUGGUGUAGUUCAGUCAAGUUCUGCUUGAUUAGGAGACAUAUUAGAUGUCUGUAACGUCAGAUUGCUACAACCUUAACUCAUCAUUACUUCUCAGUGUAUGUCCUUUUUUGCCCUGUGUUAAUUUCCUGUAACAAUUUUCCAUAAACUGAGUGGCUUAAAACAACAGAAGUGUAUUCUUUCACAGUUCUGAAGGCUAGAAGUCCAAAAUCAAGGUGUCAGCAGGGCCAGAGGAUCCAGAGGUUCAAGGGGAACCUCUUCCUACUUCUGGCAGCUCCUGGUUCCUUGGCUUGUGGCAACAUAACUCCAGUCUCAGCUUCCAUUUCACAUGGCCGUCCCCCACUUUGUCUCUUGGUGUCUUCUUUUAAGGACACCACUCAUUGGAUUAAGGCACACCCUAAUUCAGUAUGACCUCGUCGUAAUUUAACAAAUUACAUCUAUAAAGCCUCUAUUUCCAAAUAAGGCAACAUUCACAGGUUCCGAGUGGAUGUGACGUUUUGGGGGCACUCUUCAACCCAGUUGAAAUGGCUUUUUAAAGGUGAAUUUGUGGGUUCUUAAAGUUGGGCCAUGCCUUCAUGCAUUGGUGGGAUCUUUUCUCAUUUUAGCAAAGAAAAUGCCAAAGUGUCUGGCAUAAAUUGAUACUCAAUAAAUAUUUGUUUAAUGAAUAAAA